AUGUAUUCAUAUGAGAGUACGGAGCAGGAAGAAGCUUUGCUAUGCGGAUUUCCCGACGAAAUGCAUCCAGAACGCUACAAGGGAAACGCUCCCGGUUCUAUUGCCGCAGAAGAAGUUUGCCUUUGCAUCUGCGGAAACAAAAUCCACAAUUCUGUAGGCCAUCUUCUCAACGCGCUCCGCGCCGAAGGAGUAAAAAGGAAGUUCGUUCGCUUGCCUGAUGACAUGCAUCAACGAGCAGCUGCUCUAGUUCGAACACCAGCCGAAUGUGCAAAACCGUUCGAGGUGGUGACUGGAGUGACACAAGGAGCACGACCGUUCCUGUUCAACUUCGCUAUCGAUGACGUUAUGCGAAGGAUAGUAGAUCAGUGUCCUGCCGAUAUCAUUCCAGUACCAUCAGGACACCCAUUGACCGACCUCGAGUACGCCGACGAUGUUGUUAUAUUUGCAAAAAGCAGUACGAAUCUUCAACAUGUUGUCCACCUUGUAUCGAAGCUAGCUGCAGCCCAAGGACUACGACUAUGCCCUGAUAAAUGCAAACAAAUCAGGGUAGACGGACAACCGAUAGAACUCGUCGAUGAGUUCUGUUACCUGGGCUGUACGCUGAAGAACAACGGCAAGAAAGAUACAAAGGCAAAGAUGCGCUAA